AUGGCCCAACAGGCUGGUACUCAAGUGGCUGAGGUUCACCCGUCCCCGCAAGUCGGCAAGUCGAACGCGAAAGUUGCCUCGUGUACGACGGAGCAAUCGUCCGUAGUAAUCGAUGCGAAUUGGCGCGACGUGAACGCGGUGGGUACGGCGAACCCGUGCGUCGCUGACGCCAAGUGGAACUCGACGACGUGCUGGACUCCACAAGAGUGCGCUGAGACCUGUGGACUUGAAGGUGCCGACUAUGCCGGUAACUUCAGCAUCACCACAGCCGGUCAAACGCUCAGUCUGAAGCUCGAAACACCAAGCGGGGUCGGCACACGAGUGUACAUGCUGGACGCGUCUAGGACCAAGUACAAGCAGUUCCAACUGCUGAACCAGGAGUUCAGCUUCGACGGCUUCGACGUGGACGUGUCGAAUCUGCCGUGUGGCUCCAACGGAGCGCUCUACUUCGUACAGAUGGAUGCCGAUGGCGGCACUGCGUGCUUCCCAGCUAAUACUGCUGGCGCUGCGUAUGGUACUGGCGCCUGUGACGCUCAAUGUCGCCAAGACGUCCAUUUCCUUGAUGGCGAGGCCAAUAUGGACGGCGCGUACGGUUCUUGCUGUGCCGAGAUGGAUAUCUGGGAGGCUAACAGUGUGGCCACGGCCUACACGAGUCACGCGUGUUCUACGAGUGGCCAGCAGAAGUGCACCUCGGUCGAGGACUGCGGAAGCACGGACGAGACCCGUUACACUGGCUGGUGCGAUAAGAACGGCUGUGACUUCAAUCCCUUCCGCAUGGGUCACCGAGAGUUCUACGGUCGUGGCAAGGACUUUGACAUCGACACGACUCGUCCCUUUACGGUCGUGACGCAGUUCGUGACCGCCGACAACACCGACAGUGGUGAACUGGUGGAGAUCCGUCGACUCUACAAGCAGGACGGACGCGUGUUGGAAAACCCCAGCAGCUCAUGGUCCGCCUUGAAUGGGACCGACUCCAUCACCGACGUGAUGUGCAACACGUCCAAGACGUAUUUUGACGACCCCGCGUAUUUCACGAGCGGGCUCGCGAAGCUUGGACAAGAUAUGGUUGGCGGCAUGACGCUGGCUAUGAGUGUCUGGGUCGACUACGGCCUUAACAUGAGCUGGCUGGACAGCCACUUCCCUGGGGACGAUCCGACGCUGCCUGGCGGGUUGCGUGGCAAUUGCCCGUUUCCUGGUGGCGACCCGGAGACGGUUUUUGCCGAAAAUCCGAAUGCUGGAGUCAAGUUCAUGAACAUCCGCUCGGGUGACUUUGGAUCGACUUACUAG